AUGUUGAGCAUUUUGAUGACGCAUCAAACUAUAUUUGCAACUAUCGCAUUCAUAGCAGACAUCAAAGCUGCUUUUCACAAUAUCCACAUUCAACCUGAUCAUCAAAAAUACGUGAAGUUUUUAUGGUUCGACGAAAACAAAGAAAAUAUUUUUUGCUAUAAAUUUCUCCGUCUUCCCUUUGGUCUCACAUCAUCACCGUUCAUUCUGAAUGUUGUCAUCAAUCACCAUAUCGAGAAAUACAGAAGUGAAUUUCCUGACGUUGUAGCAGCUAUUCAUUCAAAUCUAUACGGGGAUGAUUUAGUUCAUUCUGUAAACAGCAAAAUUGAGACAUCAGAAUUUCAUACCGCUAGUUCAAAAAUUUUCGAAGAUGCAUCCAUGGAACUGAGAAAAUGGCAAUGCUCGGAUCCUGAAAUCGACAAGUUAUGGUGCGACGGGUUGGGAGAAAAUAAAGUGCUUGGAGUUAUAUGGAACAAAAGUGAUGACACCAUCCAAGUUGUAAUACCACUUAUCAAUUUCUCAAAGGACGUCACUAAACGAUCAUUGCUCACAACACUAGCUUCAAUAUACGACCCUAUGGGUUUGCUUUUACCAUCUACCAUCCAACUGAAAUUCUUUAUCAGUGAACUAUGGACGAGAAAAAUCGAUUGGGAUGAUCCUUUAUCACCAGCGCUGCAUGGCAGAGCCAGCAGAAUUCUGAAUGACAUCCAUAAUUUAGGAAGUUAGGAAAGCUUCUUAAUGACUGUUUAAACCAGAUCAAAAUUGAAUGGCAUUUCAUAACGCCAUACAGUCCUCAUCGAGGUGGUGCUUGGGAAGCGAUGAUCAAAACCACAAAGAAGGCUUUAUAUUCAACAGUAUGGGGUAAAGAUUUAACCAUCGACAAUUUCCGAACUAUUCUUUACGAAUUAUCGUCAAUCAUUAAUUCACGUCCGAUCGCUGAAUUAAACGGACACAUCCUCACACCAAAUAAGCUUAUGUUUGGCUCCGAACUUCGAACAUCAAAAAUAAUGAAACCAAAUUAUUAUAAAAGAUAGCUAAAUAAAUUAGCGCAAUAAAAAUUAGCGAAAAAUAACACGUUAUAUAUGAAAGGUUAUGUCACAACAAACACACACACACAUUUGUUCCUGUGAUUUGUGCUCGAUGAGUGUGUAUGUUGAUGAAAUUAAUUUUCUUACUUAUACAUUUCCAUUUUCUUUA